UAGCCGUCGAUCUCCAGCUCAAGCCUCUAUCUCCUUCAGCCUCCAGCCUUCAUUAAACGCUGCACUUUCAGAUCACGCCUCUCCUCUAUUCUCCAGCAGUCCAGCAUCCAACGAUCGUUGAGGCUUGAGCUCCACUCCUCGCAGGUGGUCCAGCCACUCCAGCCGCUACCGGCGGUCCAGAUCUAGCCACAACUCUCUCUUCCUCCACUCUCCAGCAACCAACAGCCUAGCUCCAUCUCAGGGGCAAAGAAGCAAUGGAUCCUCUUAGUCUUGACAAUAUUGACAUAUUAGCUUAUUGGGUGGCUGAGGAGCCAACUCUUCUUGAUAAAGAUGAUUAUGAUGUAGAUUGGGCAGCAAUUGAUGAGUCUUUGCCAAAUCAAAUCCUUGAUGAUACUGAUAGUAUUGUUUAUGAUGAGGAAGAUGUCCCACAAGUUCCUCUUGAAAAUGAAAGUGAACAACUUUGGACUGGAGUUGGUGGAGUUACAGGUUAUGGAAUUCCUCCACAUGAGGAUCCUUAUAAUUAUGUACAAGAUCAUUAGUUUUGUUGUUUGUUUAUAAUUGUCACUUGACAGAAACAAUUGAAGAACUCUUAUGAUGAACCAUUAAGUAUAUGUUUCAUCAUUCAGUCUUUUUAACUUUUAUAAAUUGAAUGUGAUUUG